AUGGCAAAGAAAAGAAUAUUGUUGGAAAAGCUCAUUAAUCUUUUGGGAGAUUCGGACGAAGUUGACAAACCACGGAAAAGACGGGUGAUCGACAGUGACUCUGAUACUGAUAACGAAAGUCAAACGAAGAGAAAAAGAAUAAUUGUACCAAGUGAUAGUGAGGAAGAAAAUAAUGAAAGCAUGUCCUCAAAUGUUCUGCAACUCUUAGGGGAAGAACCAAAACAUGAAAAUAUCUUGGAAAUCCAUAUAGAUGUCGCAAACAUUUGGAAUAACAUUGUCACUAAUGGAUUAGAUAAAGAAAGUAAAGACAAAAUUAAUAAAAAGAUACCUACCCUUAAAAAUUGUGAUGUAACUGCACCAAAUCUAAACUCUGAAAUCUUGGCAACAUUAUCAGCAAGUGCAAAAACUAGAGACGAGAGACUUAGGGAAAAACAGAACCAAAUUGGUUACAUUAUAGCAAAUUUGAACUGUGUCUUAAAAUCAUUGCUUGUCAAAAAUGAUUCUAACAAAGAAGAAAUAGAAAAAAUUAGUGAUAGCCUCCGUCUCCUUUGUGACCUUCAAUUCAUGGAGUCAGAAACCCGAAGGGCUGUGAUAUUACCAGGGCUCAAUAAAAGUAUUAAAAACAGCUUGGAAAAAUGUAAAGCAUCAGAUGGUUUGCUCUUUGGUAAAAAUCUUUCUGAAACUAUAAAAGAAAGUAAAAGUAUUGAACGCUCUUCAAGAGAUUUGAAGAAAGCUUCAGAAAAGCCUAAUGCCCCUAUUAACAAUCCUUUAAACUCCUGGGGCCCGUCCACAUCAUCGAAGAGGAAACCACAUCAGGGCGGGCAAUACCAGCAUUACCAUCCUCGCCAUUCUUCUCAGAGAGCUCAUCGCUCUGCAAUGACACAAGCUCAAAACCGGCCAAUGCGAGGCAAACCAAGGCAGUGGAACAGGAAAAAAGACUAG